ACAGAGGCAGGAGAGGAUGCGACCGGCGCUGUUGAUGGACUGUUUCUCUACGGAUGCUCGAAUGUGCAAACACAUUAUUUCUUCUUUUAAAGCGGCUCCCUGGUUUGUCUGAAGGCUGUGGAAACUGAUCAAGUGAUAAGAUGGGGAACGGUUCGAUGAAAUCGAAGCGUUACAAACACACAGACGGCCCCUGUGCUGCUGCCAACUGCAGAGCGCACAAAGAUAACGGUGGCGGGUUUAAAAACUCGCCCCUGGACUCUCUGAGGGCCCGAGUGGACGAGCUGGAGCGAGAGGGCAAGAGGAGAGACGAGGAGCUUUGUGCCAAAGAGCAGCAGAUCAAAGGUCUCCAGGAGCAGCUAGCCAAACAGACGCGAGCUCUGGCCGAGCUGAGCGAGGAGCUGCAGAACAAGUGCAUCCAGCUCAACAAGCUGCAGGACGUGAUGAAGAACCAGAGCGGGGCCGCGGUAUGUCUGGCAUCGAGGCCCCCUUCCAUCAAAACCGGCGGCAAGAGCAGCCCCAACCUCAGUGUUCGCAUCAAGGAAACCCUCAAUAGAAGGAAAGGCGCCAAAGCUGGAGUGUCUGCUGAGCCCACAUCCAGGACCUACGACUCCAGCAGCCUGCCAAAGUUCUCCUUUGAGAAGGCAAGGGUGCCGAAGGAUGCAAGUGUAAAGAAGCUGCUGACAGAUGCCCUGAACAAGAACCAGUACCUGAAGAGGCUGGAGCUGCAGCAGAUCAAAGACAUGGUGGAGUGUAUGUAUGAGCGCACGUACCAGCAGGGAGAGUACGUCAUCAAGCAGGGAGAGCCUGGGAACCAUCUGUUUGUCCUGGCUGAUGGGAAGUUGGAUGUGUUUCAGCAUAACAAACUGCUCACAUCGAUAGCGGUGUGGACCACGUUUGGAGAAUUAGCCAUCCUGUACAACUGCACACGGACUGCAUCAGUGCGAGCGGUGAACAAAGUAAGGACAUGGGCUUUGGACCGGGAGGUGUUUCAGAACAUCAUGAGGAGGACGGCUGAGACGCGUCAUGAACAGUACCGCAACUUCCUCCGAAGUGUUUCACUCUUGGCCAAUCUACCAGAAGACAAGCUAAGCAAAAUAGUGGACUGCCUCGAGGUGGAAUACUAUGACAAAGGAGAGUACGUCAUCCGGGAGGGAGAGGAGGGCAGCACCUUCUACAUCAUCGCACAGGGAAAGGUGAAGGUUACCCAGACCACUGAGGCUCACAAGUUGCCGCAGAUCAUCAACACGCUGCAGAAGGGAGACUACUUUGGAGAGAAAGCACUUAUAAGUGAUGAUGUCAGGUCAGCUAAUAUCAUCGCUGAGGAGAACGGGGUGGAGUGCCUUGUCAUCGACAGAGAGACAUUUGAUCAGACAGUGGGCACCUUCAAUGAACUGCAGAAGUACCUUCAAGGCUACGUGGCAACACUUGAUCGAGACGACAAGAAGAGACAUGCCAGGAAGUCAGUGUCGCGUCACCAGAGCCAGCCACUGUCGCCAGACGUCAUCCAGCUGAAGGAAAUGGUGUCAGGGUUCCCUCCAUCCAGGCCCUUCGACCACUUGGAGGUCAUCGCUACUCUUGGGGUUGGCGGCUUUGGACGAGUAGAACUGGUGAAGGUGCAAGGCGAGGACGUCACCUUCGCACUGAAGGUCAUUAAGAAGAAGCACGUAGUGGACAACAGACAGGAAGAGCACAUCCAUUCUGAGAGGAAGAUCCUCGCCGAGGCUCGGUCGCCUUUUGUUGUGAAACUGUAUCGCACAUUUAAGGAUAACAAAUAUGUGUACAUGCUGCUCGAGGCCUGUCUGGGUGGAGAGAUUUGGAGUCUGCUCAGAGACAGGGGGAGUUUUGAUGAGUCCACUGCCAAAUUCUGUGUCGGCUGUGUCACAGAGGCUUUCGAUUACCUCCAUCGCAAGGGUGUCCUCUACAGAGACCUGAAGCCUGAGAAUCUUAUGCUGGAUACUGAGGGAUACAUCAAAUUAGUUGACUUUGGUUUUGCCAAGAAGAUCAGAUGUGGCCAAAAGACAUGGACCUUCUGCGGGACACCAGAGUAUGUGGCCCCUGAGAUCAUCCUCAACAAAGGCCACAACUUCAGUGUGGACUUCUGGUCUCUGGGUAUCCUGGUGUUUGAGCUCCUUACUGGCAGUCCUCCUUUCUCAGGGAGUGACCAGAUGAUGACGUACACUUUCAUCUUGAAAGGCAUUGAGAAGAUGGACUUUCCCAAGAAGAUCACCAAGAGACCUGAGGACCUCAUACGCAAGCUAUGCAGGCGAAAUCCCUCAGAGCGACUGGGGAACCUCAAAAAUGGAAUAACCGAUAUCAAGAAGCACAGGUGGUUUAACGGCUUUAACUGGGAGGGACUGAAGGCGAGGACUUUACCAUCUCCACUAAAAAGAGAACUUACAGGGCCGACAGAUCACAGCUACUUUGACAGCUACCCUCCAGAUGAGGACAGUCCUCCUGAGGAGCUGUCUGGUUGGGACAUGGACUUCUGAGACCUUCUUCUCCAUCUUUUCAUUAUUUUCCUUCCAUUUUACACCUUAAUGACCAAAACACAGACAAAGUGGUUUUCAGGUGACCUUACAUCACCUUUGGCAGCCAUGGUGGAGGUCCUCAGGUUCUGGGCAACACUUAGCUGCAAUUAGCUGGUUAAUUUAUGAAUUUAAGAUUGGCUGUCUUAACACAAAUGGACACUUAUAGGAGAAUUAUCCUUUGAGUUUGACUGUGAACAGGUGUUAAACUCUUUAACAGCUUGUUAUGUAUAACUACCACUGUCCUUUUGGUUUUUAUAUCUGACUGGCACUACACUGGCUAAGUAUAAUGUAGUGGUAGUAGUGGCAUGUUAGCAUUAAAGCUAAUAUCUGUAAUACUUAGCUACUGAGAUUCUCUUCAAUCUGGGGCAGUAAAUAAACACUUAAAUCCAACACAGCUGACAAUGUUUGUUGGUGGGAAGCCAGUUAGGGAUCAUGUCCUUGUUGCUGCAUUACUGUCCCUUUCUUAAUGGUUGGGGCACUUGUUUAAAGCAAAGUAGGCAUAGCAAAAACAUCUGUGUCUGUUACUGUAGAGUUGGAUAAUAAGAACCAGCUGUGCAUUGAAACCAGUUCCAAAGUUAUAACAACUUAGAAUUCAGUUCAUCCCCAAAGAUAACUUUUGAGUUGACAGUGGGUAUUCGUAUUAAGUUAAGUAUUCAUGUGUAAACACUGAUGUAGUGUUUAUAAUAUGGUGGACAGGAGCUAACACUCAAGUGUUACACAAAAGAAAACGGCAAGUCAAACAGCCAAUAUUAUCCAAUUUAAUCACUUAGGUGAGGGAGUGGUAUGUCAUUAUUUUCACCACAUACUGUACCACAUAGAUACUUCACAACAGAGUGAAGCAAGUUAAAAAAUGCAACAUUAGAUGCUUCAUGUUUGUUGUAGUUUCAAAGUAAUAGUAAUAGUAACCAACUGUGUUAAACUUAGAUACCUAAGCUUUCAUAUUGCUUUGGAGUAAGUUUUGAAACAGAUCAGUGUCCGUUGUCACAGUAUUAUGUUUGUACAUUCCUUAAUCAAUCUACACCCAUAUAAUAAUUUUUUACAGAUACCUCUAAAAUAUGGUUUACAGACACUUUCCUCUGGGCCCUCGUGAUGGCUCCAGAUGUGGUUAGCCGGGAAAUUAGUGGUGCAGCUGCAGUUUGUUUACAUCUUCAGGAGGAAUGGAAAUGUGUGGGGAGGAGGUACAGUAUGUGUGCGGAGACGACACUGCAAAAAGGCAAGCAACUUGACAACAAACAGAAGUAGAAAUUCUACUUAACUGCUUAGACAGCAUCUAACCACAAUGCACUACUAUCCCAAACAAGAAACACUUCUACUAAGAAGCAUCAAAGGUUCCUUGUGCCAACAGUGUUAUCCCCACUGUCCCUCCACUGCCCUAAGUAGACACACAAAAAUAUGAACACCUCCACUUAAGUUAUGAGUGUGAGCAUCCCGCAGCAGUGUGCCUGACCUGAAGAAAUAUUUACCUUUUUGAAGCUGAGUCAACUCUGCGGUUUCCAGCUUCUUAAGGAGAAAGGGAGUUGUGCUUGGUCUGAGGUGUUCAUGAUGUGAGGAGAGACAGCAAACUGAGCGGAAAACCUUCAGGGUUUAAUAUGAGGGGAUUUUUAGGAGCUUAGGGUUAAAAAAAGAUAUGUAUUUUCCAUUUUUGAACACUUGAGGUUUACAGUAAAUCGUGUACCAUGCAUCUAUGUAUAUACUGUAUACUGUGAAGCACAAGCAUCAAAAAUACACAAUUUAUACAAUCCAAGCUACUUGUUCCUUUAUGUAUACCUUUAAAACUGGGUGAGUGGAUUUUGUAAAUAUCACAUAUAUGUAUACAGUGAGUGGUGAAUGUGUGUGUACAGUUUGUACAGUAUGUGAUAAUGUCUGUGUAUGGAAGAACCUGGAAUUCUUGGAGAAGCUGUGGCCUUAAGAUAAUGACUACUAAUUUCAAGAUACAGCUGUUUGUUAAUAUUUCAGAUAUAGUUUCUGUUUUUUAAAAAGUUGACUUUUUGGAAUUGAAUUAAACACUUCUUACAUUGGUCAAUUUAAAUUUGGUUUUAUGCCACAAUGGAUUGUAAUUAUUUCUUUUAUUUUCAGACCUUUCUCACUGUGGACAUUUUGACUUGUCACACACAGGGGUAUUUAGACAUUAAUAAUAGCUGCAUUUCAUUGAGCUCAGUGCCAGACCUAACCUGCCACUUCAUUCAACUUCAUACAUUCAUACUGUUCAUGUUAGCCAAUUUCUGUUAGGCAGGUUUUGCCCUAACCAAACAGAGUGAUGUCAUUUAUUUAGACAUUUUUGGUUGCUAUUUUUCCUGGUUGUAGCUAGCUAGCUGUAAAAAAGAUGACAUCCACAUCCAUAACCCUGCCCAUUCGGCAAACACCCGUCCUGUUUGAACUGCUGAAGAGGGCAGGGCACCUAAAUAAAUCCAUCAUCAGUGUCAUUACACUUGCUUUACUGCAAUGACAAGUCAAAAUGUCUGCCACCAGAAUGGGCUGUUUCUUAAUUUGUGUGGUUUCAUGACUGAACU